AUGAUCAAGAAGCCAAGACUUCAACACACCAAUCUCACUCACUCUGACCUCACUCCUGAGGAAAGGCAAUGUGAAUGGAUAAGACAAUGGCUUGCCAAUGAGAAAUCAGAUCCAGUUAGGGCCCUUCAGAUCAAGGAGUGUAACACCACAAAUAAGCAGGCAUGGAGAAAAUGCAAAAGAAAAGAAACAGAGAAGACCCAACAAACCACAUAUGCAAGCACCCAAGGUAACCCUCCUCAAAAGCAGUGUUGGCCUUCACCUACUGAAGCAUCUUCCAAUAUUGCUAGGCCAUCUAACUCUGCCCAUGACCCCAUCCCCACUGCUGAAAUGCCUUCCAGUCUUGAUGGGCCAUCUAACUCUAUGCAUGGACCCAUCCCCAUCAAUCCCAUCCUCCUGAACCAAGAGGCCCCCAUAGUUGCUGGGACUCCCCAUCUAAUGUGUGAUAUUGAAGUGAUGACAGACACAUCUGACUCCCUCAUCUACUUGCCCUCCCCUCCACAUGUCCAAACAUCCCCCUCACCUGCCUUGUCUGUAUUCACUGACCUGGACUCUCAUGAUCUCUCCAUGCCAAUAAUUGGCUCUCAAGUUCACAAACAGUCAGAAAUAGUUUAA